AAAGAUGGAGGCUGAAAAUAGCUCGCAAAUGCAAGAUGAGAACGCGGCUCUUGCGGUGAAGAACUCGGGCGAGCAGUGUGACACCGCCGCCGAACCAAAUGCAUCAAAGUUGACGCUGUAUCACUGGACGCAGUCGUUCAAUUCACAGAAGGUGCGCCUGGCCAUCGCCGAGAAAGGUUUGCGUUGCGAAGAGUAUGAUGUGAGCUUACCACUCAGCGAGCACAACGAGCCCUGGUUCAUGCGUCUCAAUCCCACUGGCGAGGUGCCCGUCCUGGUGCACGAUGACGGCGUCAUCUGUGACCCCACGCAGAUCACGGACUACCUGGAGCACAACUUCACCGACGGCGGCACUCCCAGGCUGAUUCCAGAAGAGGGAAGCACAUACUACCACAGAGUGCAGCACUACAGAGAGCUGCUGGACUCGCUACAGAUGGACGCCUACACGCACGGCUGCAUCCUCCACCCUGAGAUCACUGUAGACUCGCACAUACCGGCUUAUGCCGCCACAAGCAUACGAACGCAGAUCCUAAACACAGAAUCAGAGCUGAAGAAACUGGCAGAGGAGAACCCGGAGCUCAAAGAUGCCUAUAUAGCAAAACAGAGGCGCUUAAAGUCCAAGUUGUUUGACCACGACAACAUGAAGUACCUAAAGAAGCUUCUGGAUGAACUGGAGAACGUGAUGGAUCAGGUUGAGACGGAGCUGCAGAGGAGGGUGGAAGAAACACCAGAAGAAAACAGUCAACAGUCGUGGCUGUGCGGCCAGUUCUUCAGCAUGGCCGACGUCUCCCUGGCAGUCACCCUGCACCGUCUCAAGUUCCUCGGCUUGUCCCGCCGCUACUGGGGCAACGGCAGCCGCGCCAACCUGGAGGCCUACUACGAGCGCGUGCUGGAUCGGCCGGCCUUCAGGAGAGUCCUGGGCCACGUCAACAACAUUCUGAUCUCGGCCGUGCUCCCGGUCGCCUUUCGCGUGGCUCGGAAGAAUGCGCCGGUCAUCGCCGGCGCCACUUUUUUGAUCGGCCUUUUAGGCGGAGCCACAUACCUGGCCUUUCUUUACAUGAGGAGGAGGUUGACUCUGUCCAGUUGGGGAAGCUGGAGCUGAAUUUAUGGGGUUGCGCAAAUCUCGCAUAUUUAAAAUCAAAGUCAAAGAGUAUUCAUUGAUUCAAUCAUACGUAAAAGAAUUACAUUAUUUCCAAUUGCACGCAAAUGAAUUCAACCCUCGUUGUAUAUUAGAUUCAUCUGCAAAAUUUCCAAACUACACAAACUACUCAAUUCCAUCAUCACAGGAUUGCAAAGGGGUGGAACAUUUCCUGUAAGUUUCCAGUCAAUUUACAAGGGAUUUUAAGAUUCCCUUGUAAUAUUCCCAAUUGGAAAACUUUCUGUGGGAAUUAUAGGAAUUUGUUGGAAUUAAGUGAGAAUUUAUAGGAAUUUACUUGGAAUUGAGGCUAAUAUUAUAGAAAGGUGUCAUAUUUAAGCAUAAACAUAGAGAUUUUGUUUUGUUAUAAGCAGCCAUCCUUGCAGAACAUAGCUCUCCUUGCCCACGUGAGGGUGUUUGCGUUUGCUCAGUUUUUGUUUAUUUCUUUAUUUUUUAACUACACUUGAGUGGUCACAUAUCUGAAACCUGCUUAUACUGUACCUCAAAUUUCAGAAAAUCGACCUUGGAAAUACUCGUAAGUUGGGGCAGUCUUAAGUCAUGUAAAAAAAUACAUUUAAAAAAAUCGAUUUCCACAAAAUUUAACAGGGGUGCGUGGGUUUUCUCCGGGUACUCCAUUUCCUCCAAAACAUACAGGGUAGGUUGAUUGAAUACUCUAAAUUGACUGUAGGUGCGAAUUUGAGUGCGAAUUUGAAUUUGAGGCUCCAGCACGCCCACGACCCUAGUGAGGAUAAGCAAUACAGAAAAUGGAUGGAUGGGUGACAUAUAGGCCAAGGAAGAUCCCAUUAAAUUUUGGUGAGAACCUGGAUAAAGGGCUGGAAAAAUCAAUCCAUCAAAUGAACUGUCCGCCCACUAAAAGCAUGGUACCACAUAUCUGUUCGUCAUUCUCCAUGAAUCGAUGUCGUGCCCUGUGCUGUUAUGAGUGACAUUCUUGCUAGAAGGGCAUAGCAUUGGAAAAAACAACAAAGCUACUGGUGGUUCUUGCACAUUACUGUAACUAAAAAUAAUCAAUCAUUUGCAAAGCAUUCAGAGUAGACCAAUGCUUAAUUCAGCUUAAAAAAAAAAAAAAAAAAAAAAAAAGUAUCACAAGCUAAAUUGUGGUUAGUCAUAGGACAAGCAUGUACCAAAUGUAUACAGUUUGGUUGCUUCUUGCAUUAAUAGCCAAGGAAAUGUAUUGCUGGGUCAACUUCAAGCGGAACAUUUUCAAUAUGCCAUAAAAGUGCAUUUGUAUGCACCCUCCCCCUCUCAUGACUACAUCAUUGCGCUCUGAAAUUUCAGCACAACUUCGUAAAAAGCCAAAUCACUUGUCUUCUCCAGACUUACCUUCAAAAGCACCUGUGUAAAAUAAGCUUUCUUCUGAAACACUCUCCGGCGUCUCCCGCCCAUCCAGUGUAACUGAGAACGACGGAAAAAACGUCCAGUUGGUCAUAUUGUAAGAAGCUCUAUAUACUGUAUAUCAGUGAUUUUCAAACAUCUGACUCUGAAAAUGACAAAACAGUCCCAGACUUGGGAUGCAAGUCCAAAUCUGCAGGCCGUCAUUGGCACGAAACACAUCCGGACGACUCACGUGAGCCGAGCUGCACGUAAAGCAGAGCAGACACAUGUUGGACGCCUACAGUCUGUCUGGCCUGUGGGCUCGGCAUCUGGUGGGCUGCGUAUUGUAGCUGUCAUUGAGCGCACGGCCACUGGCUCAUUCCGGCAGAAGUCAAUAGUGAAAAAGGCCAAUGGUUGCAAUGGUGCCAUUUGGAAUAGAGGAGCAAUGCAAAUUCAUUUAUUCUCAUUUGGUGUAAAGUUUUUCCUGGCAUUGUAGAAAUUGUUUACUCAAAUACAACACAGGUGCUAUAUCAAAGCUGCAUAUAUCCUAAUUUUUGGUAACUUCAUUUGGCAAAUUCUGCAAACUGCAAACACAAUAAUACUUUUUAAUUAAUCUCUCUCUUAGUAUGUCAAUCAAAACAGAGCAUGUAUAUCUUGGUAAAAGAAGAAUUUGCGACAGAUUUAUUGACCGUGCAAGUGUACCGAAUGAUGUGCAUACACGCACGGUUCCACGACGGAGCAGCGUUUUCUCAUUCAGCGUUGAGACUGUAGCAACCUAUUUUUUGUUGUGUUAAUUUCGUAGAUAAUGAUAACUAACGUUUUGAUACACCGCUUGAUCGAACGAGGUGAAUUUCAAUCCAUGGAAAAGGAAAAAAAAAAAAAAAAUACUGUACAUGGUAGAUGUUGAAGGACACCGAUGAAAUAAGAACUUGAGAGAAUUUGGGAAGGUUAUAGCUCUGUAUGCCAUAAAUAAUGGAGUACUGUACAAAACAGCUUGAAGCAAAGUGCAUGCUCACACAAAUUUAUGAAGGGUUGGAAAACUUGCUGUGGGGUAAGUCUCUGGGAAUGAGAAAACAGCUUGAAUAAAUACAAAUGUUGCGUAAAUAAACAGUAAAUAGAGGCUUAUUUGAAUGUGGAAGGCAGGCUGUAGCAGGUGUGGGUACAGAUACUGGAAUUGGAACCUCUACCAGUUUCCCUUAAAAGGUGCCUGCUUUUAGUUUCUUGCAAGAGACGCAGCUCUUAACCAAGCAAUCAAUCCAUCAAAAUCAAUUCUGUUCUUUGUCAGAACAAUUUUGAAAAGGACUUUGUCUGUUCUCUUUGAGGUCCAAAA